AUGGACUCGUCAGAAUCGGUGAACGGUCAUAACUAUGCGAAAUACAUCGAACCACCAGAACUACCCUUGAGGUAUAGGACAUCUCUAGAUGGGACACGUUAUUCGCGUAGCCGUCGUCAUCGUUAUCGUCACCGAUCGGGACAAACUCAUGGUAUUAUCGAGAAAAUCCGGAAUUUUUCGGAAAAUACUACGGCACACGGUGUCCGCCGAAUAUUCAUUGCCCGGAAUGCUUAUACGGCACGGCUGUGGCUGUUCGGAAUAAUCCUUUGCUUUGUCAUUCUUAUUGUACAGGCGCAUCAUCUAGUGAUGAAGUUUAAUCGAUAUGAAAAAAUCACCAGUAUUGAGAUGGAUGUUUACGAAAAUGCAAAAUCUGGCCGCAAACAUCGUAUAAAAACUCCUGAACCAUUUCGAGCAAAUCGUAGAGAUCAGUUGGAUCAGAAAGAACGUCUGUUAGAGCUUUUCAGCAGUGAGCAGGAACAUGAUUUAAGCGUCAAAUACUGGGGAAAUGUGAAAUCACGACGAGAGAUCAAAGUCGAGCCUCCUGAUGGUACCAGUGGUACUGAAACAACGGAAGAGACAGGAAGUAACAGAAGUCACAAGGCUGCUUCAACUUCUACAACUGACUUUACAUUCAAUGUUUCAACGUUAAGCAGUCUGACUUCAAUAUCAAGGAGAAAACGGCUGGUACGUUACUUUUACCAACGUAUGGUACUUCUGGUGAGGCUCAAGAGGUGA